GUCAGCGCAGCGGUUUGUGCCCGAGGGGGCUUAGUGGUGGUGCUGCAGUCUCCGUCACACACGUCUUGGGCAGCGCAUCCGCCCGUGUGCAUGGCAGCGUUGCUCGUCACGGCUGCAGCCAUGGUGCGUUCAAGCUCCACCUUUUGCGAGCCUUGUUAG